AUGGCCUCUGGAAGCUGUGCUUGUCAUUAUAUCCGGUACACCAGCUCAACUCCUCCAUCAAAGCUGGUUAACUGCCACUGUACCACAUGUCGGAAGCAGUCUGGUGCUCCAUACCAAGCAUUUUGUCAUUUUCCGGUUGAGUCCAUCAAAUGGGAAGUCGAGCCAACCGUCUGGAGAUCGAGUGAAACUGCUUCCCGGACCUUUUGUCCUCGGUGCGGCUCAACCAUCAGUAUGAGUCUAGAUGCAUUCCCAGAUUUCAUAGGGAUCGUGGCUGGAACGAUCGACGAUGAUACGGUUGUACCACCGGCUUCGGCACACAUUUUCCUAGAAGACAAAGCAUCAUGGUACGAGCUUCCGGCAGAUGGAACAUCGAGGUGGCAGACUUGGGGCCAGUAG